UCAACUGCGUUGCCCCUCCAGUCAGCAGAUGGCGAUGUGCGUCUUUUCCGUUCAGGCGACGCUGCCAGUGUGACGUAUAAUCUAGUGGACGGGACGCUCCUUCAACAACAACAGACACCUCGGUAACUUUAUAGCAAACAGAGCUACAACAUUCACUCUCUUUACACUGUUUUGGUGUAUAUUAGUCGCUGUGUAUUAAACACACUUCUGUCGUAUGUACGUGUUGGCCUAUUUAAUUAUAUAAAUAUGUUGUUUGUCAGCUAGCUGGUUUGCUAAAUUAGCUUAGAACUAGGCUAGUUGCUAAUGCUAGCUAGCGAACAUCUCCGACCAUGAGUUCACUAAGCUGCUCUCCUCCUGCUAAAGAAGAGGAGGUCUUCUGGACGGAGAAAGAAGUUCUCCUGAAAGAGGAGGAGGAAGAGAAGGAUGUUACAAUACAAAAACAAGUAGAGGGUGAGGCUGUUACCGUGAAAGAAGAAGAGAAAGACGUUUCUGUGGAAGAAAAGGAAGACUCGUUCAGAGUGAAAGAGGAGGAGGAUGUUACAGUAAAAGAAGAGGAAGCGGAGAGAGAGGAGGAUGCAGUUUUUGGAGUGAAAGAGGGGGAAGGUGAGAUGACUGUCACAUCGAAAAAGGAGGAGGAGGACGAAGAGGAGGAAACUGGAUAUCUGGGCCGGGUUUCCCCAACGCUUCUUAAGGCAUCCUAUGGUUCUGACGGUGAACUCGGCCGUAAGAUGGUUUUGAGAAACCGGGCCGUGAUUAACACUAGAGAGAGACGUGACUAUCGUGGAUCCUCUGGGGAGCCUCAACAACAUCAUGAAGCUGACGAGGCAGAGAAGAGUCCCUCCAGAUCAGAACACCUCAAGAAACACCAGUGGAGACCAACAGGGAAGAAAUCUCACUGCUGCUCUGACUGUGGGAAGAGUUACUUAAGAUCAAAUUCACUAAAAGUACACAUGAGAAUUCACACAGGAGAGAAACCUCAUAGCUGUGAUCAAUGUGGAAAGAGUUUUACUACAUCUAGCCAUCGGAUUGUACACCAGAGAACACACACAGGAGAGAAACCUUAUAGCUGUGAUCAAUGUGGGAAGAGUUUUACUCAGUCAAGCAGCCUGUUAUCUCACCAGAGAACACACACAGGAGACAAAUCUUAUAGCUGUGAUCAAUGUGGGAAGAGUUUUACUCAGUCAAGCAGCCUGUUAUCUCACCAGAGAACACACACAGGAGACAAAUCUUAUAGCUGUGAUCAAUGUGGGAAGAGUUUUACUCAGUCAAGCAGCCUGUUAUCUCACCAGAGAACACACACAGGAGAGAAACCUUACAGCUGUUAUCAAUGUAGGAAGAAUUUUACUCAGUCAAGCAACCUGGUAUCACACCAGAGAACACACACAGGAGAGAAAUCUUAUAGUUGUGAACAAUGUGGGAAGAAUUUUACUACAUCUAGCCAUCUGACUAUACACCAGAGAACACACACAGGAGAGAAACCUUAUAGCUGUGAACAAUGUGGGAAGAAUUUUACGACAUCUAGUCAUCUGAUUGUACACCAGAGAACACACCCAGGAGAGAAACCUCAUAGCUGUGAACAAUGUGGGAAGAAUUAUACUACAUCUAGUCAUCUGAUUAUACAUCUAGCUGAAUUGAACAAU